AUGUCCGCCUCUCCUUCCAACCUGCAGUCGACGAAGCGUCCUCUCGAGGACCCGUCGUCGCCCUCUGGCCCCACCGAUCAGCCUGAGGCCAAGCGCCCGGCGCUCGACAAAGUAGUGAAGAGCGAGGCCGAGGACGAGACAGACGCACCGAGCAGCCACGUUACUACAACCGAGGAUGCCAAGGAUACCCAGGGAGACACCGUCGUCCCCGAUGCGCCCACCGGCAAGGGUCUCCCUACUGAGACUCAGCCCAUCCAAUCAACGGCUUCCCAGGCAGACCGAGCGGGCUCUGAUCAGCCGCCCCAGGACGAGUCGAGCUGGGUCCAUAUUCGUGCUGUGAUCUCUAGCCCAGAGGCAGCUACCGUCAUCGGAAAGGGAGGUGAGAAUGUGUCCCAAAUUCGCCGUCUGUCCGGCGCCAAGUGCACCGUCAGCGACUAUUCUCGUGGUGCCGUGGAGCGCAUCCUGACCGUCAGCGGUCCCCAGGAUGCUACUGCCAAAGCAUUUGGUUUGAUCAUCCGUACCCUCAACAAUGAAAAUCUCGAGACCCCCUCCACUGCCCAGUCCAAGACGUACCCUCUGCGUUUGCUAAUUCCUCACAUUCUCAUCGGCUCCAUCAUCGGAAAGGGUGGCAGCCGCAUUCGUGAGAUCCAGGAAGCCUCUGGUGCUCGCCUGAACGCCUCGGAUGCCUGUCUUCCUCUUUCCACCGAACGAUCCCUUGUCAUCCUCGGUGUUGCGGAUGCUGUCCAUAUUGCAACCUACUACGUCGCUGUCACCUUGGUUGAGCAACUCUCCGAGCGUUACGGUGGUCCCGCCGCAUCGGCUUAUGCUACUCGCAGCGGUGGACCUGCGGGCGCUGUCCCUGGUGGUAUGCAGGUUGUUCCGUACGUUCCCCAGCCCGCCGGCGGUCAAUACGGCCACCCCGAUACCUUUAAACGCCAUCACCCUCACCCCAACCGGGCUGGAGGUGGCGCCUACGGCGUUCCCUACCUCCACGGCCAGCCUGCCCCUGGCCCUGUCCCCCAAACUCCCAUGCACUUCCCGGGUCCCCAGGCUCCUUACGGCGGCGCAGGUCCUCACCAGCCCACUCCGUUCGUUGGAGCUCCUCAGCAACCCACUCCCGGCCGUGGUCCCCCCACUGCGCCCGCUCCUGUUGCCGGCGCUAUGCCUGGCCAGCCUAUGCCUGGCCAGCCACUGACUCAGCAGAUUUACAUUCCCAAUGACAUGGUUGGCGCCAUCAUCGGCAAGGGUGGUGCCAAGAUCAACGAGAUACGCCAUCUGAGCGGCAGUGUCAUCAAAAUCAAUGAGCCCCAGGAGAGCAGCAACGAGCGUCUGGUUACUAUUACUGGUACCGCCGAGUGCAACCAAAUGGCCCUCUACAUGCUCUAUUCUCGCCUUGGUAUGUUUCUCCCUUCCCCAGAUGUAAUUUCCAAUAGCCAGCUUCUAACGUAUGACACAGAGAGCGAGAAGCACCGAAUCUAA